UCAACAGAUCUUUUAUCACAGCAAAUGUGCCGUUUUGCUUUCUCGCUUGGAAAUUAGGGAUCUAUUUUUAUUUGCUGUUUUUGAAAAAAGUGUAUCUUGCCUGCAGUCAAGUUCAGACUGAGAGCUACACAAUUGAAAAACACCUGCUGGAAGUAUCUUAGGGUCAUACUGCGGUCACCACUUGCACCUUGCCUGUAGCAGUGGGCACACCCAGCACUGAUCCCUCUGGGUCCAGCAGGGCACUAGAAAAUCAGCAUCGGUUGUGUUCUGUGAUGCACUGGAACAGGUUGUCCAAGGAGGUUGUGGAUGCCCCAUCCCUGGAAGCACUGAAGGCCAGGCUGGAUGUGGCUCUGGGCAGCCUGGCCUAGCGGUUGGCGACUCUGCACCUGGAAAAGGGGUUGAAACUCAAUGAUCAUUGUGAUCCUCUCCAACCCAGCCCAUUCUAUGAUUCUAUGAUUCUCUUUGGCAUGUUCCAUUGGAAUGGAGGCUGAAGGCUUCUGCCGUGUGGAUCACCAACAUCUCUAGAAUCCAUACUUCGGUUCCAAAUUCAAGCCUAGCCCCUGAAAGAAGUACAGAGUGUACGCAUCUGGGCCUGCGUCGGUCAGGGCUAUUUUAUGGCACAGCAACAUCCACCAUUCAAACAAUGAUCGACAGCAGCACUUCUGGUUGGCAGCUCCCCCUGAAAACUUCCAGCCCCGUCCAACAUCGCGUUGGCACCAACACCCAGCGCCCCACGGCUCAGAUGUCGGUCUCUAACAGCCAGAACACCUCCUCCUCAUGUAAAGUUGGAUCUCUUCUUGAUCUAAAAUCGCAGCGAUUGGUCACGGUGCAAGUGGAAGCCCGAGGAAAACGCUGCACCGCAACAGCCUGCUCUCGUUUCCCGAGCUGAGGUGGAAGGACUGCGAGUCACUGUGCCUGAGAAGAAGAAGGUGGCCAUGUUGUUUCAGCCUGCUCUGCUUCGCUGCCAUUUCUCUACUUCUUCCACCCAACCAGCUGUGGUGCAGUGGAGGUAUAAAUCUUACUGCCAGGACCGGAUGGGAGAAGCCCUGGGUAUGGUAACUUCUGGUUUACAAACAAUGAGCAAGAGGAACCUGGACUGGGAUCCGUACCUGGACUGUGUGGACAGCAGAAGGACGGUCCGUGUCGUAGCCUCCAAGCAAGGAUCUGCUGUCACUAUAGGGGACUUCUAUAAGGAAAGAGACGUCAGCAUUGUCCAUGAUGCAGACCUUCAGAUUGGGAAGCUGAUGUGGGGAGACAGUGGGCUGUAUUACUGCCUUAUUAUCACACCAGAUGAUGUGGAGGGCAAGAAUGAAGAAUCAGUGGAGCUGCUUGUACUUGGCAGGACAGGGCUGCUUGCUGAUCUCUUGCCCAGUUUUGCUGUGGAGAUUAUGCCAGAGUGGGUCUUUGUGGGCCUGGUGAUCCUGGGAGCGUUCCUGUUCUUCCUCCUGGUGGGGAUCUGCUGGUGUCAGUGCUGCCCGCACAGCUGCUGCUGUUACGUCCGCUGCCCCUGCUGCCCCGAGUCCUGCUGCUGUCCCCGGGCGUUGUAUGUUGCAGGCAAGGCAGCAAAAGCAGGGUACCCUCCUGCGGUCUCCUCCAUCCCAGGUCCAUACUACAUCCCCAGUGUUCCUGUAGCUGGUGUCCCAUCUCCUGCUGUGCUGAUGGAUAAGUCACACCCGCCUCCCUUGGCCCCAAGUGACACUGGUGGAGGAAACCAAAAUGCAGUGCGCAAAGGGUACAGGAUCCAGACUGACAAGGAAAGGGACUCCAUGAAAGUGCUGUACUAUGUUGAGAAAGAACUGGCUCAGUUUGACCCAGCGAGGAGAAUGCGAGAGCGAUAUAACAACACUGUCUCUGAGCUCAGCUCUUUACAUGAGGAUGAUCUGAACUUCAGGCAGCCCUACCGCCAGGCACGGAGGAAACCUCUGCCUCCUGCAGAAGACCUGGAUGGUGAUGCUGAGUACUGGGCAGGAGUCAUUGGUGGGGGCAGCACAUCGAGAUCACAGGCGAUCUCUGAUUACAGAGAUGAGAGGGACAGUUUCCGGCACAGCCAGCAGAGGUCCAAGUCCGAGAUGUUGUCCCGCAAGAGUUUCUCUGUGGGAGUUCCAGCCGUCUCUAUGGACGAGCUGGCAGCCUUUGCAGAGUCCUACAGCCAGCGGGCCCGGCGGGCAGACAGCCAGGAGACUCGGCGUUUCGAGCGGUCAGAGUCACGCAGUGGCCGUGCUGGAGGGCUGACCCAUCAGGAUAGCUCCAUGGAGGAGUACUACACUAAGCGCAGCAGAGGGAACCGAGAGCCACUGACGGACUCGGAACGGGGCUGGUCAUACAGCCCGCCCCGGAGACGGGCCCAUGAGGAGAAGCACCUGCCCAGACUGGUGAGCCGGACACCUGGAGGGAGCCAGAAGUACGAUCACUCCUACCUCAGCAGUGUCUUGGAGAGAAAGUCCCGGAGCUAUGAUGAAAGCGGUGACCAUUGUGAAACCCCAUCAAAGCUGAGCUCACAGCCCAGCCAGAGAGGAGGGGGAACGUAUUAUGCUUGGUCACCGCCUUCUACCUACAAAUCUGAUACAUCUCAGCAGCAGCAGACACCACCACCCGAGCAGGAGGAAGAGGAGGACACCCUGCCUCCCUACAGCGAGAGAGAGCUGAGCCGAGGCCCUUCAUACCGGGCCAGGGAGCAGGCCUACCUCAACGCCUCUGACAAGAAGAGGAAGAAGGAUCCCAAGAAAACAAAUGAUUUCCCAACGAGAAUGUCCCUCGUGGUUUGAAGUCACUGUGGAUGUGUCAUGCCAAUGGGCUGGAUACCAUGAUGUGGCUGCAGUGGAGAAGAUGCAGAGCAACAAGCAAACUGGGCCCCAUUGAACCUUUUCAGCCACCAGCCAGGGACCCUUGUUCAAAAAUUGUUUCAUCGGGGCAGCAGAUUUCCGUAAAGAGCACCCAAUCUCUGAGGCUUUGGAAGUCUGCCAUGAAAAUGAGCCAGGGCUCUCUUUGGCACCCUCCAUUCUGCACUGGAAGGCAGCCAUGUCCUUACGACCCCUGCAGCCCUGAACUAGGAGCAAGGCUGCCUUUGUGCCUCUUUUCCUAUCUCACGUGCAGAAAGAGGCCUGUGUGCAUACCUCAUGCUCCCUCUGUCUCCUCUGUUCACUGGAUCAAAAUCGUCUCCAUGCUUAGAAUCUAUUCUGUAUCAUUCCCAUGCUGAGAGGAGACCUUGUUCUUACAGCUGCAGACUGCCUCCAAGGCUCUAAAUUAUGAAAGAAAAUCUACAUCCUUUCAGACACCACAGAGUAGGACUGAUGAGGUAUUUCUUUGCAAGGGCUGAACAGAGAGAGAGAGAGACGAGUGUGGUCUGGUUUGUUCAAUAUAUUUAGUUAUGUUUAUUGUGUGCUGAGAGUUGCAAGUGAGAUUGAUGUAUUGUUUUGAAAGUGGAUCAGAGUAGCUUUUCUUGUGAUGAGAGCAUGAUGUGUUUUUUCCCUGUAUUCCCAACUGUGAUUUGUUUUGAUAAAGUUGCAUUUUCUUGCAGCUCAGCUAUGACCCUUUAGAGCUUCAAGCUAGAAUAUCUACUCCACAUAUCAGAAGCAGUGCUCCAGCUUUGCUGGUGUUCUGCUCCCCACACCUCCAGACUUAGUGACCUUUUUGUUUUAAAGAAGCAAAAGGGAAAAAGAUGCAGUGAGAAGGCUGCAGAUCUUUGUUCUGUGAUACUGGAAUUGCUCCUUUCUGGUCAUUGUUCCCAGGCAUUGAACAAAGCAGUGACAGCAGUGGGAAAAGAAUUAAUACCAGGUGAACACAAACCUUGAAAGACCUUUUUCAAUUACAGUUAUUUCUUUCACUACAGUUGUGACAUGAUUUUAGUGGCUGUUGUCUCAGGAACAGCUGAAUUUAGAAGUGACUGCAUCACACCAUCUGGAAGCCAACAUUCUGGUUUUUGUGGGGUAAAAUGCAGUCAUUUCUUUAUUUUUUAGCUGCUAAAAUUACAUGAGGAAAGAUAGUGGGAAUUAUUCAGGGUCUGGUAUCUUGAUCACUAUCAGGCCUGGAAACAAGUUAGCAUUCUGUUUUGUUAGGGAUGUUGUCGGUCUCUGAAAUGUCAUCUCAUAACUCUGGGUCUCUGGUCAUUACCUCAAAUUUAUGAGGUGCUCACUCUAGCAAUAUGUUUUUGAACACUGGAUUGAUUGAUUAACAUCAAUGCAGUUCUCCGUAAAAAUUGCAGAUUAAUUUCUGUACAACUCCUUUGCAGUAUUAGCUCACCAGGGGUGGUUAUGGGAGAGAAAGAGUAAUCUCCCUAGACUUGAUGCUGUUAUAGUUUUUUAUGCUAGAAGAUGAAUGACACAAGGAUGGCUUUCUUUUCCAUGUUUUUCUUCCUGGCCAAAGAAAGAUUAGUCUGUAGGAACAUAUUAUACCUGGAUCUGUCUGGCAGUACGGUUUGAAAAACGAAAUUUUAAGUACAUUUUGAUCUUUUCUUAUCAUUAAUGUAUGUUCCUGGGAAAAUCACAGUGCAGUUAACAAAAGGCUGGUGGAUGGUUUCCAUCUGAGGUCUCCAAGGCCUUGAGGGGUCUACAGUGUUACUCGACAUGCCGUUUAAAAUUAAACAUUUCACCCCU